AAUACAUCGUACAACUGUUCGUUGUUAGUGGACAGCGGGAAACAUGCCGAAGGAAGACCCAGAGACUACGGCCCUCAAAAAGGAACUGAACGACUUGAUCGCCAAAUUGAAGGCCGAUCAAGAAAAAUUAGCUGACGCGAAGCUAACUGAUAAAUGUGGUGAUUUAGGAGAUGUGCCGAAGAUACGAUUUGUAACUAAGAAGACUUUGAAAGGACACAUCAAUAAAGUCAAUUCUGUGCAUUACAGCGGUGACUCCAGGCACUGCGUCACUGGAUCACUAGACGGGAAACUGAUUAUCUGGGACACCUGGAGCGGCAAUAAGGUCCAAGUUAUACCGUUGCGGUCUGCUUGGGUCAUGAGCGUUGCUUUUGCUCCAUCCGGGAACUUUGUUGCUUGUGGUGGAAUGGAUAACAUGUGUACCGUGUACGAUGUCAACAACCGCGACUCCACCGGUGCUGCCAAAAUGGUGCGCGAGCUGGCCGGCUACGAAGGGUUCCUUAGCAGCUGCCGCUUCCUCGAUGACACUCACAUCCUCACAGGCUCCGGGGAUAUGAAGAUAUGCGUGUGGGACUUGGAAGUAGGCAAACGGGAGAUGGAGUUUGAUGCUCACGCUGGUGACGUCGUCACUAUUUCUCUGGCACCAGACAUGAAGACUUACGUAACUGGCUCCGUGGAUAAAACCUGCAAGUUGUGGGAUAUACGAGAUGAGAAAGCGAAGCAAACAUUCUUCGGCCACGACGCUGACGUCAAUAGCGUUUGCUACCACAACAGCGGCCAUGCGUUCGCGACGGCAUCUGAAGACAAGACAGCACGCUUGUUCGACAUACGUAGUGACCAACAGCUCGGACACUAUACGCCUCCGGGAGCCAGCGGGUUCACUAGCUGCGGUCUCUCGCUGAGUGGGAGGUAUUUGCUCGCUGGGUCAGACGACAACGACGUGCAUUCCUGGGACACCCUCAAAGUCACCCAUACUGGAACUCUGCACGGUCACGAGAACCGUGUUACUUCGAUCUCGAUGUCGCCCAACGGCGUAGCAUUGGCUAGUUGCUCCUGGGACAACAGUGUCAGGGUUUGGGGUUGAAACCAGACCAAGAGCGUACCAUAACCUUGUUAUAUCCUGCAAACAACUCCAUUCACUACGUAUGUGUUAGCAUUUAUAUUCCAUUAAAUAUGCUGCCAUUUCCUAUCGAUUAAAAUUUAUAAAUAU